AUGGAUUUAUUUAUAAGGACAGAAGCUAGCUUCCAUGACGUGCUGAAAAAAUUGCUCGCUGUCUGUGAGUCUCACAGCAGGUACUCUGGUUCAAGUUUAGACCCAAUGGUUAAAGUCGGUUGCGAAAUGAGGGAAAUUAGCAGUUGCUUGAGGCGAAUUUUAAGAAAACAUGCUGCAGUUUAUCACAAUCUAUCUCUAACUGAAAAUACCAUGAAUUUUUAUAGUGAUUUUUUUGAAGACGUAAGAGUACUAGAUAUGUACCACAGUCUUCUAUUUGGGUGUAUGCGUUUGCUCCUGGAUGCAGAUAUAUCAUUUUUUAGAAUGAAUUCCCAAAAAUCCUUUACCAUAUUACUAUUCAAGGUAUAUUACAAACUAAGGGAUGUUUACUACGCUACAAAUGAGACGCGACUGGAUUCCCUACUCAAUGCAUUUAUAUACCAAUUCAAAAACUGCUAUAAUUCUGUCAGUUGCAACACGUUGAAAUAUGGCAGUGUUCGUGACAUUAUGUCUCAUAACUUUUCCUUGAUAAAUCCUCCUUUUAUCGGCCUGAAGGAAGUGACCAAAAGAACCUAUUUCAGAUUAGAUAUUGAGAAGCUGAAGAUCAAUAAUAAACUUAUUGAGAUUCUGGAAUUGAAUAACGGAGGAAUCGCUCUCUUUGAGGUUCUUGGUAGCGAAAUGCCAUAUACUUCACAAAACGUCGAAACCCUGUUCCAAUCCCUUGCGUCAGGUAACCAUGAUUUGAUGAAUGUCGGUAGGUCGUUGCUGUUUCAAACACUAAGAGCUGGGGAUCUAGAAAUAAUUAAACUUGAUGACAACGGGGCUAAGCUGAAAACGCUGACAGGUAAUGGCGUAGUGCUAAAAAUAACGUGUAAAGACCCUAGUCAGUGGCAAGCGCAUUGGAAAGAUAUCAUCAGAAAUUUAUCCGAUCGAUUAUCAAUGAAUAAGUACAAUGGAUGCAAGAGCGAUUUUUCACAGAACUUUCAUGCAGGACACAACAAAGUGGGAUAUAAUCAACCCGAACAAAAUGCCGGCAUGGCAACUGGCUCUACUGAACCAUCAGUCAGCUCUUCAAAUACAGUACGGAGUAGUGGUACUUUGCAUAGAUCCACCCACUUACCGGGGGGUUUGUCUUCCUUGGUGGAAGCCUCUAAAGAAUUUUCUGCAGGAGAAUCGAACUCAAUUUUGAGUGGAAAGGUAAUAUCCGAUAAUGAUUCAGACCUAGAAACCUCAUUAAAAGAUAUUGAAUCCUUAAGCUGUGAAAAGUUAAUUGAAUUAGAUAGAAGCAUACAAAUUCCUCUGUCACCGAAAAUUUUGGAUACCCCUACUCUAAAAAACGUUAGAACAGCUUCUCAAAUAUUCAGUUUGGAGAACGUUUCGCCUGAAUUGCUAGAGAGUGCUUCGUCUGAAAUCUGUGAUGAUGAAAGUAUAAUUUCUGAAGAUGAAAAGGACAACGGUGAGGAAACUGUAUUCGAUCCAAACGUCGAUUACUAUAAGCCGGUACUUUAUCGACGUAAAUCCUCAUCUUUAUUGAGUGUCUUUACUUCGAAAAACAAAAAGGAUUUAACUAUUGACAUCCCCAAGAAUCGUUCUGGAUCGUUGUUUAGUAUAGCUGGAGAUCAACAAUUGCUUACGCCUAUAUCAGCAGGCUCUCAUAACAGUGAUGUUGGUGAAGCGUACGUGUCAGUUCCAUCGGAUGUGGACGCCUCCAGCAGUGCAGUAUUCUUUGAAAACGAUUCAGUCAAGGUUUCUCUAUGGAAUGGUAAGUCAUGGGUGCAGUUGAGUAAAGAAGCAAUGUGCCUCUCUUUGAUUCUCUCUGGUGGUAAUGAGACCCUUUUAAUCAUAAACAAAAAUUUCAAAAGGGAGAAAUGUAAAUUUGUUGUCAAAUUAGAAUCUAGCUGGAAGUGCAACAGGUCAACAGCCCAAGAUGUUCAGCUUCGAAUCUAUUCUUCAGAUUUUAAAGCUAGUGUAUUCGAAAUGAGGCAUGACGUUACACUGUCUAUACGCUGUUCGCAAGCCGACCAAUUAAUGAGCGUAUUACAGUAUCAGCUACAAAGGAUUCAAGCGCCAUCCCUUCCAGCCUCUGCUACCGCAAGGACUUUAUCGACCAUAUCUUCAUCUUCAUGUUUCAGUCGAAAUGUAACACGGUCAUCUACGGAAAAUUCAGAAUUGGCCAAUAUGAAAAAUGGAUCCGGGGGUGUAAAUUCCUCACUUCUGCUAUCUUCAAUAAAAGUAAGGCAACACGUUAAAACCAAGUCCGAUAUUUGGAAACCAUCUCGGGUUGGCUUUGCUGAUAUAUUUUCUCAGGAAUAUAAAGGAAUUGUGGUAGCGAUAAAAUUUGUGAUUUGCUCUGAUGCCGAGGGAACCUUGAACCCUAGAGAGUACAAUUCUCGUCUCCACGAUAUCAAAAGGCUAGGAAGAACAGGCUUGUCGCUUGCGGAUCGAACAGGAGCAUAUUUGUUGGAAUUCAAAGAUCGAAACGCUGCAGACCAAGUUUAUAAACUGGCUAUGCCACCAAGCUAG